GAUUAAAUGAGAAGCAAUAAAGUGCAGAAGACUGAAAGAUUAGGACAUAACAUGGGUUUCUGUUCCAAAAUAAAUUGUGAAAUGUAUAGGACUCACUCCAUAUACAUAAAGUACUCAUUUGUUACAGAGAACCUCCUGGAAUUUGCAGCUUCCUUCACAGUUUUAACUGAAAAGAGCGCAUUCAAGUUGAGUCUUGCCCGGCCUUGGAUCCAGCACAGAAUAUGCCCUGCCUGUUAUUGUGGCUCUCCGGAAGUGGGCCUCUAGACCCCUCCCUGCGCCUGGGGGAAUCACAGGUACAAUCAGUGCGAAAACUUUGGUAGAUUAUGUUCCCGUGGGGAGCCAACAUUAAAGAUGUAGGCUAUUAAACCACUAUAUUGUGUAGUUAAACAAUACCACGCAACUUCUGGUUUGCUCAUUAAUCAACUUAUGUUUAUAUUAUAUAUCAUAUUUUAAUCUAAACUAAUUAUCAGAAAAAAAAAAGUCCAAGUUAACCUCACUUUUAAAAACGCCCUGGGUUAUCCCUAUGAACUUGACAAAAAGACACGGCAAGCAUUUAGUUAUCACAUCAUCAAGUGAGUGUUGGCAUGGCGUUAAUACCCCGCCACAAAUGUCUGGUCGGGUCGGUAAAAGGCUUUAUUCUGUGCUUUAUUCUGUGCACGGUACAAAUGCGCUGUUGUCCUGCCGCUGCCACACCGAUAAGCUUCAGCGGACACAGGGAAUAUGCUGAACUCCGCACUCUCCUUCAGCGGGGCCCGCAUGAAUAACACAACAGGCUGCUCUAGCACAAAAGACACGGGCAAAAUGCUAUGCCAUAAAAUCACCGAGAACAAAUCAAGACGCAUCUAAAUGGCAUUAAACAUUACGUCUUCUUCACGUGUACACAGAAUCAAAUAUCUUCUUAACAAACAAGCUCAUCCACUGCGCUGCUCUCAAAAAUGAAUAUGCAAAGCCGUUUCAAAAGCUUCAUGCCUGUGAGUGCAUCAACACAAAGCCCAGUGUUAGCAGGCGAGCUAAUGCUAACGGGCUAGCAUCUUCAUAUCAGUCAAAUUGCGUUACCGAAACAUCUAAAUAUGACAUGUAUGGAUCCCAGUCACGUCGACGAUUACUAAUAAAAUAUGCUAAACUGUAUUUGUCGACAGAGGUAUGAAUAUGCAGCGGCGUACAGCCAUCUAAUCACACAAAGGGGGAGGCAUGAUUCCAUGUAAUUUGCCAUCGGACUGCAAUAGCUCGUUUCCUCCUCUGUCAAUUUACAACUGGCUAGCUCCGUCUACACAAGAAGUGCAACGUUUAACAUUAAGUCCAACAAUGCAAUCUUCGUUUCAUCUGCAUCCCGCUAAAGCUAAAUUGUACGCAACACAGUUUGAAUAUGAGUAUGAAUAUGUAAAAUGCUGUAAUCAUUACCUGGUCCUGAACUCUCAUCUUGACUCGCUGCUCCUCCGUCCGCCAUUUUGAAUAUUUAAGCCGAAAUCCCAGCCCUGAGCCGAGCACCUCCACACACUCACAAACAGUGUGCACACAGAAGAGGGCUCGCUUAUUUACAUACUGUCGCGCUGUUUUUCACCAGCACACAAAUUGGAGAUUAGACUUUCAUUCAAUGUAAGACACAAAUAUCAUUACUUCAUAUGUUUUGCUCGAGUUGUUUGACCCCCAUAAUGAAGCUUAAUUAAGACUUAAUAAGUAAAUUAAUAGUACUCUGUUUUAGGCCCAAUAACCUUAAUUGAGAAGCUGUUGACCGCUUGGUAAGCAGAUGGUGACCUAAUGAUGGGCGGUAUAGGACUCUUAAAAUAAAUGAAAAUAACUAGGCUGCACAGGCCUACCGUACGUAUUUUUGUACUCAUUUUGGGCAUAUUAGCUGGUCCCCAAUAGUUUAUACACAACAGGGUAUACAGUAUAUGCAUAGAUCUGUUUAUUUAGACAACUUCAAUUUUCCGAAACUUGGAAGGCCAAUACUGCACUCUGCAGGUCAUUGUUUGCACAGCAUCAACUUCGAGAAAAGGGCAUAAUCAUAGACUAAUGAUGAAACUAUGGACUGCAUAUGGAUAGAAUCAAAUUAUACUACCUAGUAGCCUAAUCACAAUUCAACCAAACAUUAAUAUAUAUAAUUAUAUUUCAUUUCAUUUUCGUAUUCAUUUUUAUUGGUCUUCAUUAUGGAGACCUGAAACUACAGUCAUUGGUCAUCUAGUAACAUGUGACCAAUACCUGUGGACUUUUAUUCCUUGACUGCCUCACCUCUUCCUUAUCAGGGAGUUCACUGUGAAGGUUAGAAGCCGCUCCUUUAGGUCUUAAAGCAUCCGUCAAAAUUGUGUUUAAUUAAAAAAAAAAAAAAACAUGACUUUUGAGAUGCUUGGAUGUUUGAAGCUGUUCUUGAUCCUGUCAGCUUUUUCCCACUGCAGAUGUAUACAAGUUUCUAUUCCACAGUCACAGUAUGAAGUUGCAAGAGGGGGCGAUAUAACUUUACCUUGUUCAUUUUCUCCGGCUAGACCAAACUAUGAAUUGUUUAUUCUGAAAUGGGAAGUGGUUCGAGAUAACAAAGCGACUAUCGUGGCAACUUUUUAUUCAAAUUUAAAUCGAGUCGACGUAACACCUAGUUAUGAGGGCAGGACUUCUCUAGAUGUUGAUCCUUCUACACGAACGGGUGCACUGCACUUGACAAAGGUGACAAUGGAGGACAAUGGAAACUUCCAGUGUAAUGUCCUUAUUCCUGGAGAUGAUGAGGGAACACCAUCUGCCAUAACUUUUCUUUUGGUCCUAGUUGCCCCCUCAUCACCAAUAUGCAGAAUUCAGGGAACAGCUGAAUACUGGCAUAAUAUUACCCUGACCUGCCUGUCUGAGGAGGGAUCUCCUGAGCCACUUUAUAACUGGAAGAGCUACAGUGUUGACAACACCCCAAGAUCAUUUCCACCAAAGACAACUGAAAAGGAUGGAGCAUUAUCACUCUUCAACAUUUCUAGAGAAAUGUCUGGGUUCUAUGUUUGCACAUCAACCAAUCGUAUUGGUUCAGCUAGCUGUAACCUCACUUUAGCUGUGAUGCCUGGUGGAUCAAUGAGUGGUGCUACUGCAGGUAUAAUUGGAGGAGUUGUUGCAGCUGUUUUGCUCCUAGCAUUAGUUAUCUUCUGUUGCUGCAGACAGAAGAAGAAGAAGCUCAAGUAUACAGAAGGGUCUCCUGCAGAAAUGGAGUUUCAUGACAGGGAUGACAUAGAGAGAUCAGAUGGAUACCAAGAAAACAAGAUUCCAAAUAGUCAUGACAUCGACAUUGUUGAACAAAUCCAACACAGUGAAAAGACAGGAAUCGAUAAGCUAAAUGAUGAUGUGGAAAGUACUGCUGACAGUCACAAAAGUCGUAGCAACAAGGAUCGUAUUGAUGACAAACAUGAUAACUAUCGUGGCAGUCGAGAUCGCCUUGACGAUUACCGUGACAGUGGAGAUCGUCAAGGCGACUAUCGUGGCAGUCGAGAUCGCCUCGAUGACUACCGUGACAGUGGAGAUCGUCAAGGCGACUAUCGUGGCAGUCGAGAUCGCCUCGAUGACUACCGUGACAGUCGUAAUCGUCAAGGCGACUAUCGUGGCAGUAGGGAUCGCCUUGAUGAUUACCAUGGCGGUCAAGAUCGUCAAGGUGACUAUCGUGGCAGUCGGGAUCGCCUUGAUGACUAUCGUGGCAGUCGAGAUCGCCUUGAUGAUUACCAUGGCGGUCGAGAUCGUCAAGGUGACUAUCGUGGCAGUCGAGAUCGCCUUGAUGAGGGUAGUUAUCAUUACUCAGAAAGAGGCCGGUAUGAAUAGUUGUUACUGGACAACCUGUAGAAAACAGAAUAUAGAUAUUGAGAAAUGCAAUAAAUAUUUUGUCAAGGAGUCAUUUUUUUAUCCUAUAAUUUCAUUAGCAUUAUGCGCUUUUUUAUGUGUGCACUCUUAUUUUUUACCUGUUCUUUUUUAUGCAGACAGUAAAGAAAUUCUGAAGAUAA